AUGAUUGUCGUGCCAGGCCAGGCCAGGCCAGGCCAGGCCAGGCCAGGCCAGGCCAGGCCAGGCCAGGCCAGGCCAGGCCAGGCCAGGCCAGGCCAGGCCAGGCCAGGCCAGGCCAGGCCAGGCCAGGCCAGGCCAGGCCAGGCCAGGCCAGGCCAGGCCAGGCCAGGCCAGGCCAGGCCAGGCCAGGCCAGGCCAGGCCAGGCCAGGCCAGGCCAGGCCAGGCCAGGCCAGGCCAGGCCAGGCCAGGCCAGGCCAGGCCAGGCCAGGCCAGGCCAGGCCAGGCCAGGCCAGGCCAGGCCAGGCCAGGCCAGGCCAGGCCAGGCCAGGCCAGGCCAGGCCAGGCCAGGCCAGGCCAGGCCAGGCCAGGCCAGGCCAGGCCAGGCCAGGCCAGGCCAGGCCAGGCCAGGCCAGGCCAGGCCAGGCCAGGCCAGGCCAGGCCAGGCCAGGCCAGGCCAGGCCAGGCCAGGCCAGGCCAGGGGCCAGGGCCAGGCCAGGCCAGGCCAGGCCAGGCCAGGCCAGGCCAGGCCAGGCCAGGCCAGGCCAGGCCAGGCCAGGCCAGGCCAGGCCAGGCCAGGCCAGGCCAGGCCAGGCCAGGCCAGGCCAGGCCAGGCCAGGCCAGGCCAGGCCAGGCCAGGCCAGGCCAGGCCAGGCCAGGCCAGGCCAGGCCAGGCCAGGCCAGGCCAGGCCAGGCCAGGCCAGGCCAGGCCAGGCCAGGCCAGGCCAGGCCAGGCCAGGCCAGGCCAGGCCAGGCCAGGCCAGGCCAGGCCAGGCCAGGCCAGGCCAGGCCAGGCCAGGCCAGGCCAGGCCAGGCCAGGCCAGGCCAGGCCAGGCCAGGCCAGGCCAGGCCAGGCCAGGCCAGGCCAGGCCAGGCCAGGCCAGGCCAGGCCAGGCCAGGCCAGGCCAGGCCAGGCCAGGCCAGGCCAGGCCAGGCCAGGCCAGGCCAGGCCAGGCCAGGCCAGGCCAGGCCAGGCCAGGCCAGGCCAGGCCAGGCCAGGCCAGGCCAGGCCAGGCCAGGCCAGGCCAGGCCAGGCCAGGCCAGGCCAGGCCAGGCCAGGCCAGGCCAGGCCAGGCCAGGCCAGGCCAGGCCAGGCCAGGCCAGGCCAGGCCAGGCCAGGCCAGGCCAGGCCAGGCCAGGCCAGGCCAGGCCAGGCCAGGCCAGGCCAGGCCAGGCCAGGCCAGGCCAGGCCAGGCCAGGCCAGGCCAGGCCAGGCCAGGCCAGGCCAGGUUAGGCCAGGCCAGGCCAGGCCAGGCCAGGCCAGGCCAGGCCAGGCCAGGCCAGGCCAGGCCAGGCCAGGCCAGGCCAGGUCAGGCCAGGCCAGGCCAGGCCAGGCCAGGCCAGGCCAGGCCAGGCCAGGCCAGGCCAGGCCAGGCCAGGCCAGGCCAGGCCAGGCCAGGCCAGGUCAGGCCAGGCCAGGCCAGGCCAGGCCAGGAGCCUUAUGGGCUUUAGAAGCUGCUUUAGCAGCGGCAUCUGCUUCCUCGUUACCUACAAUACCGGUAUGGGCUCGAACCCAUUUGAAAAGUAUCUGUGUGUGCUUGUUGUGGUGUAAUAUCCGGUGUAUGCUGCUAACUAUUGGAUGGGUAUUGGAUGAUUGUUCUAGUGCCGCCAGUGCAGAUCGUGAGUCCGAAUUUAUGAUGCAGUUGAUAUUAUUUUUGGUUGCCCAUUUGCAUGCUUCUCUAAUGGCGAGGAGUUCAGCUUGA